AAACGUGCAUUUCAGAUAAAAUUUCUGGAGACGGCGUGUGGGGUACCGUUCGAUCUGGUUGCCCUGGACGAGGCUCUCGAAAAACACCGGCCGGCGGUCGUGUUUGUGACGCACGCGGAAUCGUCGACGGGCAUGAAACAACCUCUGGAGGGCGUCGGCGAGUUGGUUCGCAAAUACGGAGCCCUGUUGAUCGUCGACGCGGUGGUGUCCUUAGGCGGAGAUCCGUUCUUCAUGGACGCCUGGCAAGUGGACGCGGCCUACGCCGGCAGCCAGAAGGUCCUCGGCGCGCCUGCAGGAAUAACGCCCGUCUCCUUUGGUCCGCGCGCAGAGCGCAAGAUAUCUCGCAGAACGACCCGACCCGCUUACUACUGGGACGUGAGGAUCCUCGGCGAUUAUUGGAAUUGCUUCGGCGCGCCGCGGCGGGUCUAUCAUCACACAAUAAGCGCUACGCUGGUGUACGGCCUGAGGACGGCUUUGAUGCAACUCGCGGAGGAAGGGCUUCCCGCUUCCUGGGCGAGGCACGCGGCGACAGCCGCCAGAUUUAGGGAGGGCCUCCGAGAUCUCGGGCUACAAUGCUACGUCGAGGAUCCCCGGUACCAAUUGUCAACCGUUAUCCCGAUAAAACUGCCACCCGGCAUCGAUAGUGAUAUCUUGAUUGCGCGAGCUAUGGAAAAAUACAAAAUUGAGAUCAGCAGGGGUCUAGGACCAACAGUUGGUAAAAUUUUACGUGUCGGCCUGAUGGGAGUCAAUGCGCAGACUUCGACUGUCGAUCGUGUACUUUCCGCCCUCCAGGAUGGAUUACAACAUGCAUUAAAAGCAAAAGUAUAAGAUCACUAACGCGAACUUGUCAUUGAUAACUUGUCCAUGUUGAAACUGAAUGUGAGUAAAGUCGUACCAUGUAGUUUUGGGGAUUGUAA